AUGGCCGCGUUUAUGAACAGGCUGAGGGUGGAGGAGCUCUACUACAAGCUUGCUGAACAGCCCCCCAAAAAUCUGGAAGAGCUCUUGACCCGGGCUCACGCCGCCGCCAACGCACAGGAGGCCGCCCGCCUGAAGAGGGAGUCAGAUCGGGAGUUCGGGGAUCGGAGAGGACGGGGAAACCCCCCUGAAAUCAAGGAUGGCCAAACCAGGAAGAACGUUUUCGAUCGCCUCUCCAAGGAUAAAGCCCCCGCUCAACCGCCACUCCCGGAAAAAGGGUACACACCCCUGACUCGGCCCAGGGCACAGAUCCUGGCGGUGAUGGAGGCAGAGGGUUUAGGAGGACGGCCGCCCAAGAUGGGGACGCCCCGGAAUAAAAGGAACCAGGACCGGUACUGUGCCUUCCACCGUGAUGUAGGGCACGAUACGGAAGGAUGCUGGGCCUUGCGGAAGGAGAUUGAAGACCUGAUCCAGCGCGGUUUCUUGGGGCGGUUCGUGCAGCCAGCCGGGGGUCCCACGGGAGGAGACAGCCAUACAGUCCGGAAAAACAGGCGACCUCCCCCCGACGGAGAUGAUUCACUGAAGCGUCUGCGCAUGGAUGAGGAGAUCACUUUCGGACCGAGGGACGCGGUUCCCUUGACGGCCGGGAAUCAUGAGGCUAUCGUAAUAGACAUCGUCACCAAUAAUUACCGGGUGAAAAAAGUGUACGUCGAUCAGGGAAGUGCAGUGGACAUCCUGUUCUACAGGGUGUUCAAGGAGCUCGGCCUGGAGGACGGGUAG